GAAGCAACUACUAGAGGUCUGUUUUGGUGAAUUCUCCGCCGCGUUCUAGUUAAGAUCGUGGGAACUGUGCUUAGGGGAAUGCCAAGAAACGUAAUUCAAUUUCGUCCCCCCCGGAGGGAGCAAUAAGGCACCAAGGCACCAAUAUAUGGCAUCGUCAUAUCUAGAAUCUCCUGAUGAUUUCUAUGACAUUCUGGACAAGGGAACUAUACAAAAAGCAUAUGAUGCCUCUUCUUUGCAUUUCAUGAAAAUGAUACUCCUCCAGGGAUACAGACGAUUUUAACACCGCCUGCAUUGUCAUUCCUGACCUUAAUAGCGCCCAUUAUGCUUCCCUCAAGAGCUCGUCUGCUCCGGCGAUCACUAUCGUCUAGAGUAGCUAAUACCUCACAAAGGCGACCUCUGUUGCCCGUUCGUCUACCGAAUACCUUCCUUCCCAUACUCGCCACCCCUCCAACCCAAAUACCACACACCCGAUCCUACGCAAGUGGCGGCGCGGCGCACCCACCUGGCGGCACGCAUCGAAUGAACCUCGGAGGCGAGCCCGAAAAGAAGGCACUCGAGGAAUACGGCGUCGACCUGAACGCACGAGCCAAAGACGGCAAAUUGGAUCCGGUCAUAGGGCGCGACGGGGAGAUCCAUCGCACCAUCCAGAUCCUGUCGCGGCGGACGAAGAACAACCCGGUCCUGAUCGGUGCGGCAGGAACGGGGAAGACGGCGAUUCUCGAAGGUCUGGCACAGCGGAUCGUACAGGGCGAUGUACCGGAGAGUAUCAAGAACAAGCGGGUGAUUGCGUUGGAUCUCGGGCAGCUGAUUGCGGGGGCCAAGUUUCGUGGGGACUUCGAGGAGCGGUUGAAGAAGGUGUUGAAGGAGGUGGAGGAGGCGAAAGGGGGCGUGAUCCUGUUCGUGGACGAGCUACAUACCCUUCUCGGCCUUGGGAAGGCGGAGGGCAGCAUCGAUGCGAGCAACCUACUCAAGCCACCCCUUUCACGAGGAGAGCUGCAGUGCUGCGGCGCUACGACGUUGAACGAAUAUCGGCAGAUCGAGAAGGAUGUAGCGUUGGCAAGAAGGUUUCAGCCGAUCUUGGUUGGCGAGCCUUCGGUCCAAGACACCAUCUCGAUAUUACGAGGCAUCAAGGAGCGCUAUGAAGUUCACCAUGGCGUUCGCAUCACCGACGGCGCGCUCGUAGCCGCUGCGACGUACAGCAAUCGGUACAUCACAGACCGAUUCCUGCCGGACAAGGCGAUCGACCUCGUCGACGAGGCCGCCAGCGCUCUCCGACUUCAGCAGGAAUCUCGACCCGACGCGAUUCAAGAACUCGACCGGCAGAUCAUGACGAUUCAGAUUGAGCUGGAGUCGCUCCGCAAGGAGACCGACGUGGCGAGCCGAGAACGCCGCGAAAAGUUGGGAUCCACGCUCAACGAAAAGCAGGAUCAAGUCAAGGAACUCACGGAGAAGUGGGAGCAGGAGAGGGCGGAAAUCGACACUAUCAAGACUGCGAAGGAGAAGUUGGAGAAGGCUCGGCUCGAGCUCGAGCAAGCUCAGCGAGAGGGCAAUUUUGGCAAAGCGUCGGAAUUGAGAUAUUCUACUAUCCCAGGACUUGAGCAAAGUCUGCCACAAGAAGGGACCGAUGCGACACGAACGACCGACACUCUUAUCCAUGACUCUGUUACUUCCGACGACAUCGCUGCCGUGGUCAGUCGAUCGACCGGCAUUCCUAUCACUAAGCUCAUGUCUGGCGAAGUGGAGAAGCUGAUCCACAUGGAAGACAAGCUUCGCGAGUCGGUUCGCGGUCAAGACGAUGCUCUUACCGCCGUCGCCAACGCUGUUCGCUUGCAGCGUGCCGGGCUCAGCGGAGAGAACCGGCCACUUGCCAGCUUCAUGUUCCUAGGGCCAACCGGGGUAGGAAAGACGGAGCUGUGCAAGAAGAUGGCUGAGUUCCUCUUCUCCACCGAAACGGCAGUUACCCGCUUCGACAUGAGCGAAUUCCAGGAGAAGCAUACCGUCAGCCGCUUGAUCGGCUCGCCCGCCGGUUACGUGGGCUACGAUGAUGCGGGUCAGUUGACCGAAGCCGUGCGGCGAAAGCCGUACGCGGUUCUCCUAUUCGAUGAGUUCGAGAAGGCGCACCGCGAUAUCUCCGCGCUGCUCUUACAGGUCCUCGACGAGGGGUUCCUGACCGACGCGCAGGGCCACAAGAUCGAUUUCCGAAACACGAUCAUCGUGCUGACCAGCAAUCUCGGCGCGGACAUCAUUCUCGGAGACGAGCCUUCAUUGCAGCGACACCAGCUUGGAGGCAAGGAGAGCAGCGAGAUCUCCGAGCCAAUCCAGAAGGCAGUAAUGGACGUCGUCGCGCACAACUACCCUCCCGAGUUCUUGAAUCGCAUCGAUGAGUUCAUCAUCUUCCGACGGCUCUCGAAAGCUGCGCUACGGGAUAUCGUUGACAUCCGACUCAAAGAACUCCAGAAACGGCUAGACGACCGGAGGAUCACGCUGGAGGUGGAUGAAGGCGUCAAAGAGUGGCUAUGCGAGCGAGGAUACGACCCUCGUUUCGGCGCAAGGCCACUCAAUCGGCUCAUCAGCAAAGAAGUAGGAAACGGCCUUGCGGACCAGAUCAUCCGUGGCCAGAUCAAGACGGGCGAUGCGGCGAAGGUCAGCAUCAAGGAGGAUAAAUCCGGACUCGUUGUCUCUGGUGCAUAAUAUUUCCGAAGAGCGGAACGAAUUAAUGAGGAGACAUGUAGCGUAUUUUGUAUAACUAUAGG